UGAAGAUACUAACAAUUUUCCAAUGAUUAACAUUUGUUUUCAUUUAAUAACAUGAUUUUUUGUUUAAUUUACCAUUGAUCUAUCUUUCUUUCUUUGUAUUUCCCUCUUUCCCUCUCUCUCUUCUUUCAUCAUAUUUCUUUUCCCAUUUUGCUUUCCCUCCUUGUGAUUUGCUCUUCUUCCAUUUUUUCCUGUCUUUUUCUGUGUUUUUGUCUAUUGCCUCAAAUCAUCUCUCAUCAUCUAUCUUUUAGCUUUCUCUUUUCUUCAACUUCCCUGAUUUGUUAUUACUUUAUUAUUACCUCUGUUCCAUUGUUUUUCAGCCUCUUCCCUUUUUUCUCCCUCUCUGUCCCUUCUCUUACAUUUUAUUUUUCCUCUUCUUCUUGACUCUGGGUAUCUUUAUCAAUUUGAUACCUAAAGAAAGAGCGAGGGAAAAGAGAGGGGAGAAUUAUUUUAAUCGUGAAAAAUGAGUAUCGACGAAUCGAUUAUGUUUGACCAUAUCGGUGGCUUGGACCAACAUGUGGCUGCCCUCAAAGAAAUGAUUGUUUUUCCCCUGCUUUAUCCCGAAAUAUUUGAUAAAUACAAAAUUCAUCCUCCUAGAGGAGUUUUGUUUCAUGGACCUCCAGGUACGGGUAAAACUCUGGUCGCUCGAGCUUUGUGCAAUGAGUGUAGUUCCACUAGCGACCGGAAAGUGGCCUUCUUCAUGAGAAAAGGGGCUGAUUGCCUAUCUAAAUGGGUUGGAGAAUCUGAGCGACAGUUAAGGAUGUUAUUUGAUGAAGCUUACGCCAGUAGACCGUCCAUAAUUUUUUUCGACGAAAUUGAUGGUAUCGCACCGGUACGAUCGCCUAAUCAAGAUCAAAUUCACUCGUCAAUAGUUUCCACCCUACUUGCUUUAAUGGAUGGACUUGAUGACAGAGGUCAAGUCAUUAUCAUAGGAGCAACCAAUAGGAUUGACGCUAUUGACCCAGCUCUUCGUCGUCCAGGUCGUUUUGAUAGAGAAUUUUAUUUUCCAUUGCCUACUUUAGAAGGUAGAAGAGAGAUUAUCAAAGUACACACGCGUGAUUGGAUCCCACCUUUAUCUGCCCAAAUUAUUGACAUUUUGGCUGCUCGAACUCCUGGCUACUGUGGAGCUGACCUUAAAGGUUUAUGCACGGAAACAGCUCUAAUAGCUUUAAAACGUAGAUAUCCGCAAAUUUACCAAUCUCGUCAUAAAUUACUACUCAAUGUAGAAGAAGUACAAAUUAAAUUAAGGGAUUUUAAUCGUGCCAUGAGAAAGGUUGUCCCUGCUUCACAACGAUCCAUCAAUAAUAUCGCUCGUCCGUUGUGCUUCACAGUGAAACCAUUGCUCACUGUUUAUCUUACGUGGUCCAUAGAUGUAAUCAACAGUAUUUUCCCUGCUGCACACAAAAAAGUAUGUGUUGAAGCCGGAGCUGACGCAGAAUCAGCUGAUGUUCCCAGUGACGAAGAUGUUGAUGAGAAUGAUCUUCUCGGCACUCUAAAUUGUUCACGGGACGUAAAUUUUCGAUCUCUUAUGUGGAGAGGUAAUUAUAGACCUAGAUUUUUAAUUCAUGGACAAAAAGAUCAAGGUCAAUCUACUCAUUUGGGUCCUGCAAUACUUCAUCAUUAUGAAAAAGUUCAUCAUUGUAAAGUCGAUUACUCAACUAUUUACUCGGUUCACGGGAGAACUCCUGAGGAGUCUGUGUCUGCAAUAUUCGCAGAGGUAACAAAAAGGUUACCUUGUAUUCUCUACAUGCCUAGGAUUGAUCAUUGGUGGACAUCUUUACCUGAAACACUCAGGCUAUUUUUAUGUUCCUUGAUAGAAGAUUUAGAACCACAUUUACCUGUUCUCCUGCUAGCUACUAGUGCUACACCGAUUUCGGAACUUCCAGAAGAUCUCCAAUUUCUUUUUGAUAAAACACGGUACACAACCAAAGUAAUGGAAAUGUCUAAUCCAAGUCGUGAAGAACGUCUAUCCUUUUUUGCUCCUCUCUUCGAACAAUUUAUUUUCCGAGAACCACCGAAAGCUGAGGAAAACGUUACCACUGAAACAUUACCUCUAGCACCACCUCCUCCACCUCGUCGAAUCACUGGUCGUGAAUUGAGCAAAUUAAGGAAACGUGAAGAGGCAACUUUAAGAGAAUUGCGUCUAUUCCUUCGCGAAUGUUUGGCAAAAUUAGUUCGAGAUAAGAGAUUCUCAAUGUUUUUAAAACCUGUCGAUCUUGAAGAAGUUCCUGAUUAUCUGGAAGUAGUGAAAAAGCCUAUGGCAUUGGAAACAAUGAUGGCUAAAAUAGACACUCAUAAAUAUGAAAGUGCCUCGCAAUUCUUAGAUGAUAUCGAGCUAAUUUGCCAUAAUGCUCUUGAAUACAAUCCUGAUAAGGAUAGUAAUGACCGAAUGAUCCGACAUCGGGCUUGUGCUUUAAGAGAUGCAGCUAACGCUUUUAUCGAAGCUGAAAUGGACUCUGAUUUUGAGCAAGUCUGUCAAGAUGUAUAUGAAAGCAGAAGACGUCGAGGAGAAUCGACGAAUCUUUUUGCUCCUCCGAAUUAUUGGACUGUUUACACAUCCGCUGCCAUUAGGAGAUGUGUAGAGUCACCUGAACCUGUUCCAGCUCCUGGUGGUUCAACAACUGAUUCUCAAGGAGCUGACAAUAAUUAUAAUAUAGAUGAAGAUACCGAAAUUGAGUCACUAGACGGUUACAAUGAAGAUAAAGUUCAAAGUUCUUCAGAGUCAAUAUCUAAAGAUACAGGUUAUCGUAACAAAAGGCGUAGUCGAAGAACUCAUCAACAUCGAUGGAAACGUUUAAAAGUGAAAGAUAAGCGUAAUAAUGGUGCUAUCAAUGGCAGAAAACUCCGAAGCAAAAAGAGUAGUUCAGAUAGUCGAGAAAGCAGCAAGAUGACCACGAGGAGGAAAUGUAGACGAACAUCCAGAGACAGUUACGAUCGUUCUGAAACCGAGCUUGAUACACCCUCAGAGGAUGAAGAUAAAGUUAUACCUCGAACAAUGUUGACAAACGGAUUUUCUCGAAAAAAACCAAAACCUCAGCCAAUUGUCAGAGCUUCUCCUAUUCCUCAUCAACGUCCACCAACACCAUCACCUCCUACACCACCACCGCCACCACCGCCGCCCCCACAACAACAACAACAACCAGAGUUAGAUAAACCAACUGGUCCUCCAAGUCCACCAAACACUCCUCCACCUCAACAAUUGAUCAUAGAUCGUGUUCAAGUAUCGAAAAUAUUCAACAGAGUUGUUGAUGUUACAAAGAAUUGUUCAGUUGAACAAUUGGAAGAAGUAUAUUCUUGUCUUUACCGUGUGAUUAAUCGUCGCCGAAAUGAUUGGAAUCGAUCAGCUUUAAUAAUGAGGUAUGGUCCUCCGCCAUCCUAUCCAAACCUUAAAAUUCCGGGCCUAAAUGCAAGAAUACCUGAUGGAUGCUCUUUUGGGUACCAUGCUGGUGGUUGGGGUAAGCCCCCAGUGGACGAAUUUGGUCGACCACUUUAUGGUGAUGUAUUCGGCUUAAAUACAAUCGAAAACGAUUUGAAUAAGGGGGAAAAAGUAGAAAAGCAAUUAUGGGGUGAAAUCGAAUCCGAGGAAGAGGAAGAAGAAGAGUUGGAAGAAGAAGAAGAAGAAGCAGAAGUAGAAGCAGAAAACGGCAAAUUUACUGAUGAAGCAAACGACAGUGGAUUUUUUACAGCGCCAGAUGAGUUGGAAGCAUCUUCAGGUUUUUUUUCAGUGGACAAAGGAAUGGAAACACCAGCUAUCAUCGAAUUGAGAAAGAAAAAGAUACAAGAUGAAAUGGAGAGCAAUGCGAAUGCUUCUCUGUUUAAUAUUAUUCCUGAAAAGAAAACGGAAAGAAAUGGAAAAGAAAUGAUGCCAUCUAAUCAUAUCUAUGACGUGACGGGCUCAUUCAAAAGAACACAAGGAGUUGAAGUUGCACUGGAUCCAAAUGAUUUGGAAAUGCCUAUUGCAGAUUUAGCAGCUAAAUACGAGAAAUCAUUGAAACAAACGAGUAAAGAAGAUUUAAGUGAUAUGGUUGCUGAACACAGCGCGACAAUAAACGAUUAUUUAUUUGAAUCUAUAGCACUGUUUAUUAUAUGUGUCCGUGUAAAACCUGUCGAUCUUGAAGAACUUCCUGAUUAUCUGGAAGUAGUGAAAAAGCCUAUGGCAUUGGAAACAAUGAUAGCUAAAAUAGACACUCAUAAAUAUGAAAGUGCCUCGCAAUUCUUAGAUGAUAUCGAGCUAAUUUGCCAUAAUGCUCUUGAAUACAAUCCUGAUAAGGAUAGUAAUGACCGAAUGAUCCGACAUCGGGCUUGUGCUUUAAGAGAUGCAGCUAACGCUUUUAUCGAAGCUGAAAUGGACUCUGAUUUUGAGCAAGUCUGUCAAGAUGUAUAUGAAAGCAGAAGACGUCGAGGAGAAUCGACGAAUCUUUUUGCUCCUCCGAAUUAUUGGACUGUUUACACAUCCGCUGCCAUUAGGAGAUGUGUAGAGUCACCUGAACCUGUUCCAGCUCCUGGUGGUUCAACAACUGAUUCUCAAGGAGCUGACAAUAAUUAUAAUAUAGAUGAAGAUACCGAAAUUGAGUCACUAGACGGUUACAAUGAAGAUAAAGUUCAAAGUUCUUCAGAGUCAAUAUCUAAAGAUACAGGUUAUCGUAACAAAAGGCGUAGUCGAAGAAGCCAUCAACAUCGAUGGAAACGUUUAAAAGUCAAAGAUAAACGUAAUAAUGGUGCUAUCAAUGGCAGAAAACUCCGAAGCAAAAAGAGUAGUUCAGAUAGUCGAGAAAGCAGCAAGAUGACCACGAGGAGGAAAUGUAGACGAACAUCCAGAGACAGUUACGAUCGUUCUGAAACCGAGCUUGAUACACCCUCAGAGGAUGAAGAUAAAGUUAUACCUCGAACAAUGUUGACAAACGGAUUUUCUCGAAAAAAACCAAAACCUCAGCCAAUUGUCAGAGCUUCUCCUAUUCCUCAUCAACGUCCACCAACACCAUCACCUCCUACACCACCACCGCCACCACCGCCGCCCCCACAACAACAACAACAACCAGAGUUAGAUAAACCAACUGGUCCUCCAAGUCCACCAAACACUCCUCCACCUCAACAAUUGAUCAUAGAUCGUGUUCAAGUAUCGAAAAUAUUCAACAGAGUUGUUGAUGUUACAAAGAAUUGUUCAGUUGAACAAUUGGAAGAAGUAUAUUCUUGUCUUUACCGUGUGAUUAAUCGUCGCCGAAAUGAUUGGAAUCGAUCAGCUUUAAUAAUGGAAUUAAGCGAUGAAAUUGAUAAAUUUGAACGUCAUAGAAAAUACAAUUGAUUACUACAGAAUUUAGAUUUUUGAUGGCGAGCAAAACAAAUAUCAAUGGUGAUAAUGUUUGAAUCAACUGUUGCAACUGCCAUUUAUUUAUAAUUGUUUUAUUGCUCAAUUGAUCGAAAAAAAUACUUUCUCGAUGAUACAUUGAUGCGAUUUUUUGCAAUGAAUCUUGUUUUUGAUGAAAAGAAACAAGUUCAAACCAAACACUGCCUAAUUAAAACAAGAAGAAUAUCAGAUGGAUCAAUAGACGAAUACCAAACAAAACUAAUCUGAAAUGUGUUCACAUAUUUAUAUUAUAAAUAUUGAUAGAUACAUCUA